AACUCUAAUUAAAUUAUAGUCCCCGACGUAAAUUCGCUUGUUUACUUUUCUGGUAUACUUCACUCAGUGAACAACCGAGUCGUGGUUUUAUUCCUCAAAACUUUUAUUAAAAAUAAAUUACAAAACAAAACAAGAAUAAAAAUGGAAGUGGUUAUUGACUGUUAUUUUGACAAACUAUUUGAAAACAUGCAGCGCGACUAUUUGGUAUCGCGUCACAAAAGACGACAACUAGUUAAAUAUUUUUCCGAUGUGAUAAAUAGCUCCGCUGAAGCUGAAAAUUUGGACACUAGCGACGUCUGUGAGCGGAUUGUAAUGUCGGCGCUGCGUUACCACAACAUAACCAUGUCUGAAAACGGUUCAGUGUGUCUGCUGGGUAAAUUCCACAACAUUUUGUACGUAGCCGCAAAACUGUGCUACGACUGGAACCUAACUAACAAUAUAAUAGUCUCCCGGUUGCUCAACGACAUUUAUUACUGCGAGCAAACCUUCGAACGGAUAUUUGUGGGCGCAAUCUUUGGGAUUCGCGUGACGCAUUUUUUGUCCGGUUGGAAAAGCGAUUUUGAAGACCGAGAGGAAAAUUUGCGCGCUUUAAUAUAUUUCUUAGACCACGCCAUCAUCGGAAGACUUGAAUACACAUCAACGGCAGCAGGAAUAAAGAGAAGAUUUAUUGACGUGCCCAUGGAGUCUUACGGACAAGUGCUGCCUCUGAGAGUCGCAAUCCAAAAUGGCGCGCCUGACAUCUUGUUGAUCAUGUUGAGGUACGGCGCGUCGACUGAAUCUGACACUUUAGCGCCUUCUCCGCUGGAAAUUUUGCUAACAAAAUUAAAUGAGUAUGACAUGAAGGAAGAAAAUAGCGGAGCAGUGAAGGAAAUUCCAGAAAAUUUGGUUACUUGUAUGAGGUUUAUCCUUCGAACCGUUCCAACGGCAACUGUUAAGACUCCGGAACAUAUCGCGAACUCUUGUGGUUUAACGCAUGUUAGUUUGUAUGAACAGUACCCGCAAUUAGUAGAGAGAAAUUUGGUGGCGAAGGAGAGAAGUGGAUUAGUGCCACCGGAGUUGAGGCAUCUGUGUCGAUGCUGUAUUAGACAAAGGUUGUUUGAAAAUUGGGCGCUGCCUCAUGGUAUUAAAACUUUGCAUAUUCCGAGGGGGUUACAAAGUUAUCUUGAUUUAAUGGCUGACUAAGACUUUUUUUUUAUAAUUAUAAAACAAAUUGAUUCGGGUGAGAAAUCAAUGUAUGCAGGUAUUGAAUUUUAUAUAAAAAUUUGGAGGUGAAAAAUAGCUUAUAGAUGUUUGGAAUUGAAUUAUACGGAACUUUUUAUAGAAAAUUGAAAAUUUUUUUUUAAUAGUUUUCCUAAAUUUUUUUUUUAUUUUUGACCUUA